AUGUCGGACUCCAAGGAAUCUUCCUCACCAUGCACACCAGCCGCAAACUAUAGCCGCCUACCCGCGAUUCUCUGUCUCCACGGCCAAGGCACCAACGGCGCCAUCUUCUCCCACCAGUCCCGGGCCCUGGUCAAAUCCCUCAGUGACCGGUUUCGCUUCAUCUUCGUCGACUCGCCCUUCACAUCGUGGCAACCCGGCCCUGGCGUCAUCCCCACCUACGCGGAUCAGAAACCGUACCGUCGCUGGCACUACGAUAAAGCGCAGAUCGAGACGGGCGUUUCGGCCGAGGCCGUGGAUGUUGAAAGGGCGCGCGUCAGGGCGCUCAUCACGCGUCAUUUUGAAGCCGAGGCGGAGGAGACGGGGCAGGGCAUCGUGGGCAUCAUGGCGUUUAGUCACGGCACGCGGGUGGCGACGGGGUUGUGUUUGGAUGGCGAGUUCGGCUCGCGCAUCAAGAUUGCCAUUCUGAUCAGUCCCGUAUUCCCGAGCCUUUCGGUUGGGAGCGCAUCUAUGGAGUCGCCGGAGGAGGAGAAGGCUCGGCGGAAUCUCGACGUGCGGCUGGUUCAAGUACAUGGGACAUCUGACCCCUGGGCGCAUGGAGGUAAACGUCUGGUGAGGACACAUUUCAAUGCGUCCUUGACGCGAACCGUCAUCUUUCCGGGUGGUCACCAGGUUCCGUCUGCUGCCAAGGACGUUGCCGCGGUGGUACGCGAGGUUAUAUCUGCGUGGGAGUUGGGGGAAGUGUCAUCAUGA